AUGCAAGAAAAAUCAAGACUAUUAUCUUUUUCUUCAAAUUCCCGCUCGCCGCACUCUCGCCGUAGCCCAUCAACCCUCCUCACAAAGCGCACCAUUAUCUCGCCAAAAUAUCCUCAAAAAACUCCUACUUUGGUAGAAAAACCCUGCUCGCCUUACGCUUUACCUCCAAAUCCACGACUAAAGAAGAAAAAUUCACAACGAAGCAAUUCUCCAACAAUUUGUAUCAAUGAAGUUAAUCUUCCUUCAGUGCUCACGCCUAAAACUCAAAUUAAUUCAAAUUUUUCUAUAGGGAUUGAUAAUUUAUCACCCAGAUCUCUAUUAAACCCAAGUGAGCGUGAAACUAUGAGAAAAUCAGAGACCUUAAAACAUGUCAAAACUUCUGGCUGUUUUUCUGCACAGCCUUCUCCAAAAAGGUCAGAUUCUGUGACAGAAAUAAGAAAUAUUAGUCCAGAAGCAAUAGAGCUUGAGCUAGAGCUGACUGAAAGAUUAAAAGAGACUAAAUGGCAGGGCUUAGAAGAGAAAAAAAUUAUUUAUAAUACAAUUUUCGAUGAGCUGAUAGAAAAGGACAAAGUGUUCAGCUCGUUAUUAAAAAAAAUCAAGGAUUUCUAUGGAGAGUACAUUGAUGCAGCAAUAAGUAAAAGAAAUAAACACAAUGAUUAUAUAAAAUAUAAACAAACUAUAGAAAUUUUAUCAAAAGAAAACUUGAAAUUAAGCAAAAGUUUGGAUCAUAAAAAUAAAAAAAUAAAAGAAUUAAAAGAAGUAAUUAAAGAAAAAGACAGCGAGCUGGUGGAAGAAAGAGAUUUUGGGAAAACUUUUAAAUGUGAUGAGGGAAAUAUCGGAGAAAUUUCCAAUGAAAAUAAGGGAUUUUUAACAAAACAUAGGCAUUCAGCAUCUGCGCCAAGCAUACAUAACCUUGUGCCAAAGCUAAAUUUGGAGGUUGGAAUAACAAAAGGCUAUCAUGAAGAAUUUAUGGAAAAAGCAAACGAGUUUUCAGUGAGCUGGAGAGAAGCAAUGAAAGAAGGAAGAUAA